CCAACCUUUUUUCCUCCUUUCUCACAGAUUGUCCCUACUUCCUUCAACAUUUUAAGCCAUCACUGUUUCCUGCCAUUCAUAACCUUUCUCCUUCUCCAUCGCAAGCUCAAUAUCUACCAUUCUUCCCCUUUUUCCGUAUUGUUAGAUAUGAACUAGGGUUUUUUCCUUCUCCGUUCUUCCCCCCCUCAUCUUUCUCACUUCGCUAUUCGUCUCUCCAGAAAGGCUGAAACUUAGUAAUGAGAAGUAAAUAUCUGUUUCUGGGUAUUAUCAUUCUGCUCCUCUCUGGGUUUGUAGCUUCAGCUCCUUCAUCGACCUCACCAACGAAGAUUGUUAGUGGUUUCAUCUCGAAUCAUGGAACUUCCCUUAUGAAAUGGUUAUGGUCCAUCAAAACCACCACUAAAACAGCGGCUCCUGCGAAAUCGAUGGUGAAAUUUGAAAAUGGGUAUACAGUGGAAACGGUAUUAGACGGAAGCAAACUCGGUAUCGAACCUUAUUCUCUCGAGGUCUUGCCCAAUGGCGAGCUGCUUAUUCUGGAUUCUCAGAAUAGUAACAUUUACAAGAUAUCCUCCUCUCUUUCCCUAUAUAGCAGACCGAGGCUUGUUACUGGCUCCCCUGAAGGAUAUCCGGGCCAUGUCGACGGUAGACUAAGAGACGCGAGGUUGAACAAUCCAAAAGGACUUACAGUGGAUGAUAGAGGAAACAUCUAUGUUGCAGACACUGUGAAUAAUGCUAUCAGGAAGAUCAGUGAAGGAGGUGUUACAACCAUUGCUGGGGGGAAAAUGGUUCGUGGGGGAGGUCAUGUGGAUGGUCCGAGUGAGGAUGCAAAGUUUUCAAAUGAUUUUGAUGUUGUUUAUGUUGGAAGCAGUUGUUCAUUGCUAGUCAUUGACCGAGGAAACCGAGCCAUUAGAGAGAUUCCACUCCAUUUCGAUGACUGUGCUUAUCAGUACGGAAGUGGCUUUCCUCUUGGGAUUGCAGUUCUUAUAGCGGCAGGUUUCUUUGGUUAUAUGCUGGCUCUAUUGCAACGUAGGCUCGGUUCUAUCGUUUCAUAUCACACUGAUCAAGAAAUAUACCAAGCCGUUCCUGACCAAAAGCCUAUGAAACCAGUCAGACCACCUCUGAUUCCAACCGGAGAUGAGCAAGAGAAACAAGAAGAAAGCUUCCUCCUGCCGUUACAGAUAUUCAUGUCGAAUGCUUGGUUGUUUUUAUUGGAGCUGUUCGGUGGAAUGUUUCCUGGUCUCAGAAAGAAGCAGAGAGUCAGCUUCAACUUCAAUCACCAAGCGACAAAUCAUUCUGCUUUUAGCACAACUUCAUGGCCAAUUCAAGAGAGCUUUAUGAUACACAACGAAGAUGAACCACCCCCCAUCGAGUCCAGGAACCCCACUCCCAAAAAAACUUACGCUUUCAUGUCCAAAGACGCAGAGAAAAUGCAACAGUUGCGCCAGAGCCGUGCCUUGUUCAGAAGCCUGGACCCUGAAUUCCUCCAGGAGCAGCAGCAACAGAAGCAUAAGCAGCAGCAGCAUCACCGUAGGCAUCACUCAACGAUCCCGCACACUCAUUAUGAGCGGAUCAGUGAGAAGACUAAUGAGAUUGUGUUCGGAGCGGUGCAAGAGCAAGACGGCAGGCGUGUGGUAGCAGCAGCUACUGCUAAGCCUACAGAGUUCGGAAACCAUACAGAUAAUACUGAACAUCAGAAUCUUCACUACAGAGCACACCAAUCUGUGAGUUAUCCAUACGGUUACUAUUCCUAUACAUGAGAAGUUGACUGAUAAUAUAUGAUAGAGAAGGAACAUUGGGGAUUUGAGUACAGAUGGGUUUUGAGAUUUGUUGAGAAGAUAAAUUUGGGAAGUUGGGUAUUUAGAUCUUUCUUGUAAUAAAAGUAGCAAACUUUUAAUUAUUAUUCAGUAAUAUAAAGAAAAAGAUGAGG